AUGCAACCAGUACGCUUUAAGAUUUACCAAGGAAAACAGGCUCGUCGUUUCCGUUUGAAUUACGAAGAGGAACCGAAGAAAUUCUUCGCUCUUCUCAACGGAAAGUUGGCCGAUUUGGGUUUUACAGGAAAAGGACUCCGGUGGAUUGACGGAGAUGAUGAUGAGAUUCAUUGCCUCAACCACGACGAUCUCUUAGAGGCUUUGACCUAUUCGAACGGUGAAGAGAUUCUUCUUCGUGCGAAGAAAGACAAAAAGUUAAAGAAAGAGGAAUCGGAAAGUGAUAGUGAUGAGAAAGGAAUGGAGAAGAAAGGACAUGGAGGACAUGGGAAACACGGACAUCACAAGGGGCAUUGUCAUCAUGGAGGACAUCAUGGAGGACAUCAUGGCAGGGGUGGAAGAGGAGGUCGAGGGCAUUGCCGUCCUGCUCGUCCAUUCUUCGCGGUUUGUUACCCGUUGCCACCGAGGCACGGCCGUGGGGGACACGGUGGACCACCGCACGGUCGACAUGGACCAUUCGGACCACACCACGGGCCACAUCAUGGAGGACAUCAUGGUGGACCUCACCAUGGAGGACAUGGACCACACCAUGGUCCACAUCACGGACCUCACCAUGGCCCACAUCAUGGACCCCAUUCUCGUGGACCACAUGGCCAGGAGAAGCCAUUUGAGAGUGACUCGGGCUCGGAUUUCGAGUGCUGCUCGAUGAGAUCUGGUAUGAUGGCCCCACCAGGUGGCCCAAUGGGUUUCAUGGGUCCAAGAAUGGGUUUUGGAAUGGGUGGAAUGACCGGCAUGAUGCCUGCACCUCAAAUUCCGCAUUGUCCCGUCGAGGAAGAUUUCGCCUGUAUGUCAAUCGGAUCAUCAAAGAAAAUGAAAAAAGACAAGAAAAAU